AUGGGGUCCGGUAAUCAAACCGGCUGUCCGGCUAGCCCCUUACCAUUUGAUGGAUUCAACCACUGGGCUCAUGUUACACGUUACAAGCCCAAAAUAAGCAACCGUUCGUCCUGGAUACGUGGCGUACGCCUGAGCACUCUGCGAGUGCUCAGGCUGAACGACCAUGGCGUUACCAACCAAGCCUCUCUUACAUGUUACAUCGAGGAAAUAGCCAACACAACGGGGCCUGCGUUACGCGUUACGGUUGGUACCAUACACACAGCUACAGUACUAACAAACUUGCUAACAAAGGCAUAUUCAUAUAAUCAUGGCAGGGCGAUGGGUCUGAUGAAGCUCAGAGACUGCACAAUUUUUUCAAAACAACUCACUAUGAUUUCCUACCCCCUUGUCCAGGAGUCGAACCUAGCUCUCGCCCCAUAG